UCUAAUUGGUAUGUCGACAUAAUGCUUUCCUUUAGUCAUUUUACGUGAAAUGUUUUUUUUUGUAUGUGACUUUUUUUGAAUGAGGUGUUGUCACUCUCGCUGUUGAGGUACUUUUCAACAUUAAGAAAUCAUCUUUAAUUAUUUACACAAUAAUAUGGCUGCAUUAACAAACUUAAGGGAUAAACUUGAAGAUGACACGUUGGAUCUCAGUUUAUGUGACCUCACUGAAGUGCCUGUUCGUGAGAUUGCUGCUAUUAAAAAAGCAGCAUUCUUGGAUCUGUCGAAUAACAGUUUAGUGUCAUUGCCUAAAAAUUUCAUCAUUCUGACGCAAGUGGUAAAGUUAGAUCUCAGUCAUAAUAUGUUGACAGAGAUUCCUGAAAAUUUUGGAGAAUUGCGACAACUUAAACAUUUGGACUUGUAUAGUAAUCAGAUUAGUAGAUUACCUCUGAGUUUGGGUGAGUUAAAGAAUUUGAAAUGGCUGGACCUCAAAAAUAAUCCACUAACACAAGCUGUUGCCAGUGUGGCGGGACCUUGUGGCAAUGCUAGUGAAUGCCAGACUUGUGCACGAAAUGUUGUUGCAUUCUUAUCCAAUGUGAAAAAAAGCAUAGAGGAAGAGAAGCUUAACAGAACAAAUGCAACACAAGCCGAUACAGUAAGGGAAACCGUUCCUUUGAAGAAAGAAAGUAAAAAGAAGAAAAAGAGGAAUGCAGACAAAGACAACAAGUCAAAGAUAGAAAAGGAAAAGUCUGCUAACCCCGAAAGUGAGCGACCAAAUAACUCACAUAGAAAUCAGUUAAAUGGAUCGACUGGCAAAACGUCAAUGAUUUCACAAAAAGAAAAUGGCAGAAGUACAAUAUGCCGUUCCUUUCUCUUAUUUAUUCUUGGCUUGAUAAUUCUGGGAGCUCUCGCUGCGGUAGCAGUAACUACACUUCCACCAAAAACACAUAGAGAACUCGAAAGAUCAUUCCCUGAUCAUCUGGAAAUACUAUUACCAAUCAAAGUAUUAAUUCUUUUUCAGCUUUGGCAAUUCACGUUAAUCGCUUGGAGGUCACAUAACUUGUGCUUUCAUUGAGACGUUCAAGAUAAAAAAGAAGUAAGAAUUAGAAUCGUCGAUAUAUGGGUAAUAGAAAUCCAUCAUUGAAGACACAUAGCACAUCAAUACGUCAUGAACGUCACGGAACACUGAAAUGCUAACCAGCGGCAAUGAGGAAUGUAAGCAAAUUGGAUAAAUAAUGUUAAUUUCCUGCGGUCGUUAUUCGUGAUGUCAAAGGGAAAAGAAAUUGUGUGUUCCUCAGUAUUCUCAGCUUGAGAAUAAAUUUUUUCUCUUAUCAUCGUGUCUACUAAGAACUGUCCAAGUUGAAGAAGUCUGAAAUUCAAACGUAAAUCCUUCAUUAAUGCAGUGGCUCCCAUUUUACUCUAUUGUGUAUAUUUUACUUGAAAAAACAAACACGUAAUUUUUAUCUGGAGUAAUAUAAUGGAGUAAUAUUCGUCUACGCCGUAUAUAGAUAUUUAUAAGUAUCUAGUCGACCUUUGCUAAUAAUUAUUAUCAAUAUCAAUUUAACUUUUUAAUUCUAACUCGUACUACCACUUCCAGAUGAUCACUGAUAUCGGCUUGUGUGAAAGAAGCGCCACUUAUAUUAACAUCAAUGCUUAUCCAGCAGUAGCUGAAGGUAACUAAGUGUUGCUAUUUAACGUGCAGUAUCUUUCUGAACCUACUUGUGAGAACGUCAUGACCGUUUAAGCGCCGCGAAGUAGAUUAUUGAAUCUAGUAGCUGUUUUACAUUCAGUUAAUCUGACAAUUGAGCUAAUUAGAACACUGGAAUAAUUACUUUUUACAUAGAUUAAAAAAUAAACUUUAAAAGACAAGUGAA